AUGCGGCAAGGUGGUACCCUCUUGACAGUUAAUGGGUCACAGGUAGCAUUCAUACAUACCCUCUUGGCGCUUGGGGCUUUCGGCGCCGCGUUGGUUCUCGGGUGCUACUUACACUACCAGAAAAUUGUCAAAAACGAGUGGUAUGGAUAUCCUCAAGAGUGGUUUCCCUCCGUCAGUGCAACAAUAGGCGACUACUACCCAGAAAGGCCGAUUUUUCAAAUUUUGAUCGCAUUCAACUCGGGACCUCGACUUCUUCUGGUUUACCUAACUUACGUUUUCCAAACUCAUUUUUCUGGCAAAGCUUCUACUACCGCUAGCAAAUUUGUUGCUCUGUGUGGUUUUCUACGCACUGUUUCUUGUGGAGGCUGGGUUUAUAUCACCAGUAGUGAUGACCACUUUUGGCAUGAUGUGAUGAUGAUUUCCUAUAUCGUUCUCACCAUUCCUUGGCAACUCGGCAAUGUCAUUCUUUCGCCGGAAGCGGUGUUACGUACCGGUAACAAAUACCGCCGGAGAUUCAGCGGCCUGUUCUUCCUCAGCACCAUCCCCUUGGUGUAUUUUUUCCUGCAGCACAAAGUGAAGCGGGUCCCAGGUGCUUACACAUAUUACGCGUUCAUCGAAUGGAGUUUGAUUCUAUAUGACGUUCUUUAUGAUUCCAGUACCAUUAUCGACUUUGUCCAUUUGGAUUUUACCGUGAAUGCUUCACCCAAAAGCAAAGCUGAUAUCGCAAAGAACCUACUCGGCGGUGAAGGCAGUCUUUCGCAAGGAGCUUCUCGCUCGAAUCCUCUAGAAAAGUCACGCAAGAUAGCUUCCAGGCCCUCUGUGAACAAUUUUUCCAGAGGAUGCAGUUUCAGUGAAACGAUGCAAUUCAGCGCACAAGUUUUCUUUGGCUUCAUAUUCUGGACUACGCUUACCGCUGUCGGACCAGUCAUAUUCUACUUUUCGGUUUGGAGUAUGGGUUUGGACGGCCAAGAGGUCUUGCUAUUUGCAACCGUAGCACCUUUCAUACUCUGUUCGACCCUCUUCAGAUCUUUCUUUCGGAAAACCUUGCCCAUGAUUCAGCUCCUCUCCCUUCUAAGUAUGGGGUCGUACUUAGUCGACCGGGAUUUGUUUUAUGACGAUGCGGUACUUCGACUUCAACUGACUACCAUUGCCGUGGGCCUCUGCACGACCUUACAAACGUUCAACUUAUUCCAGAGCAAACUUCAAAGUCAAUUGGAACUUGAAAAUUGUUCCAUGGCUCUAGGCAUUGGGCUGAUUGCUAGCGUACUGGUUAAAUACGCCAAUUAUUCUUUGAACCCGAUGUGGCCCAUUAUGAGGAAAAACAACGGCGGGUUUCACAGGAUUGGACUAAUCUUAGGUAUCAUUAGUAGUCUCUAUCUGUGUUCUAACUCGACGAGCGAAUCCACACCGGAGGAGGAAGAUUCGCCACUUUUAUCGCCAGCUUCAGACAACUCGCCGCGUUCAUCUAGCCCCGCCAGCUCAGCCCAUUCGACAAGCUCAGAAGACUUACCUCUUGCGAUCACUCACAACUCACACGGGCCAGUUUGGUGGAGAGCAGUUCUGGGAUUUGGCGGAAUCAUGUUCCUAAUUCACACACUUUUUACGGAUUCGGGUACUAUGAUUGCUUGGGUAUGGGACGGGUAUCCGAUCACGGGACCUCUACCACUCCAACAUGGCUGCUGGAUGCUUCUGGCGAUGUGCAUAGGGCUUUUCUUACCGCUCAUAUCUGGGGACGAGAUGCUUCACCAUCCGCGAUGGCUACUAUUGGGCUGCACUAUGGCGUUUGGUCUGUAUAGCUUCCACGGAUGGCUUGGGUUCGCGUCUGGCCUUCUUCUGUGCAUUUUUUGCCUCAGUAUCUUCCCCCGAUAUCUACAGGAUCUAGUGACCAGCUCUCAAUCGGGUGGAUGGUGGAAGGUGGCUGCAGGAUUCGGUUUCGGAUAUCUGAUAUACGAUAUGAUGGAAUUAUGCCACACCUUUACGGUUGCUUAUGCCUUCGUGCCACUUGCAGCGGCGUUUCGUGAGCGCACGGAUGUGAUACUGCUUGUCACGAUGGCACUUAUCAGUCUAGGAUAUUUCCAACCUCGCACAAGUCAACAACCCACCUUGUCGUUCCCAAACCCUAGACGGCUUAAUUCGAUAAAGGUUAUCAAGAGCAUGUUGGGCUUGUUGGCAUUUGCCUCAGUUAUGGUGAUGCUCAAGCGGACUGCCUCCAAAGGAGAUGUUCAGCCUUACCACCCUGAAAACAGGACCUUUAAAGCUGGAAUCUGGACCGUCCAUUUUGGGGUUGAUAGUGGAAUGUGGGAAAGUCAACGUAGAAUCAAAGACAUUGUCGAAGAGUUAGAAUUAGAUGUCAUCGGACUCCUAGAAACAGAUCUACAGAGAAUUGUUAUGGGGAACCGGGAUCUGACUCAGUAUGUAUCCGAGGAGCUAGGAAUGUAUGUAGAUAUCGGACCUGGCCCAAACAAGCACACUUGGGGCGCUGCGUUGUUGUCAAAAUUUCCAAUCAUCAAUUCCACCCAUCACCUUCUCCCAUCACCGCACGGAGAGCUAGCCCCAGCAAUUCAUGCCACACUCGACAUGUGGGGCACCCAUGUUGAUGUGAUUGUCAGUCACAACGGACAGGAAGAAGACCCCGUCGACCGAACUUUGCAAUCUACAAAACUUGCUGAGAUUAUGCGAACAGCUUACCCGAAGCCAUUCGUCUUUUUGGGAUACGUGGUCUCGCAGCCGCAUGCACCGAGGCCUGCACCUUACCAAAUCCUCGUGGAGGAUGGCCGCAUGCUCGAUAUUGAACGUGCCGAUACCGAUCGAUGGUGCGAGUACAUAUUAUUCCGAGGCUUAAAGCGACUUGGUUACGCACGUGUCACAAGGGGUUCUAACCCAGCAGUAACAGAUACCGAACUGCAGGUUGGCAUGUUCCAAGUCGCGCCGAGCUGGGUACUUGUCGACCCGGAUCGAGACUCAUCCGAUUAUCAGCGGGCUUCGCCAGACUUCAUUGCCCCGGCGAGCAGAUUUUCGGCCAAGGUCGGUUCGGCUGAAGGGUUUAAAGGCCAUCGAUACCACGUGCUUCGGGAGCAGUUCGGAACAGAUGUGGUCUACUAUCGAAUGUGA